AUGAUUACUGCCAUUUUGGAGAAGUUCCGUCCUAUUUUAUUAAAGCAAGGCCUCUGUCAAAGCAACUAUAAUCAAGCUAUUCUUGAAGAGUGGCACGAUAUGCUAAGUCAUACAGUAAACUUUCUUCAGUCAGAGAAGGCCAACUACAAGAAGACAUGGAGACUUUUGUUUAACUGCUCGUAUUCCUCCAAGUGGAAGAACAUUUUGCUUUUGGUCCAACUGUUGUUUUCUGUGCCAAUUUGCAAUGCAAAACUAGAACGCCUGUUUUCCAAACUCAAGAGAACAAAGAGUGAUGCAAGAUGUUCUUUAGGCGAAGAGAGGCUAACAAAUGUUCUUAGAAUUGAGGAGGAAGGUCCUCCCCUUGGUUCGUUUGAUGCUAGCCCUGUUGUUCAGAUGUGGCAAAGUCAGAAAGUUAGACGGCCAAAUCAGAAGAGAAGAAAGAAAUAUAGAGCUAGAAAAAAGAAAGUUAAAUAUUAUCACGUGUCUGAAAAAGAUGCCAAUUCUGAUGAUUCUGUUGAUGACAUCAAUGAUGUGAUUGAUACCACACCAGCACCACCAGCUUCAGAAUCUGACAAUGUGGAAGACAUGGAAGUUUCUAAUGAUGGUACAGAUUCAUCUGGUUCUGGCCGGACAGCUGCUUUACUUUUCAGUGACACUGACAGUGAAGCUAGUGAUUUUGUAGGUUUUUUGCCUGAAGACUUGUAGUUCAGUACUUUGUCUUUGAAACAGCGUUAUAACAUUAUUCAUUAUAGACAUAAUUGACAUUGUUUUGUGUACAUAUACAUGUAUAAAAUGAUUUUAACAAUUGCAUAUUCUGUAUCCUAUGUUUUUGGCAGACCGGUACAAUGACCAGUACAUUUUGUUUCAUGACAGGCACAAAUUCAUUGGUGCUGGUCAUUUUGACAGGCAGGUCCUCAAAAAUUAUUUCCAGGCUUGCCUGUAGCAGGUCAUAAUUCAGUGGCAGAUUCCCCACACCAAAGUACAGUACUUAGCUUAUUCUCCUUUUGAAAGAAGAUGUUAUUACAAAACAUAAAUGGUACAAGGCAAAACAACUGCAUAAUCCAAUGGUAACAUACUACGUAGCUUUGAAAUAUUCCCUGCCUCAGGGAGAGCCAAAUUGCAAGUGCCCCACUUUUGCCAGAGAGGAAUGGAUUUGACUGCUCACAUUCCGGUUUGAAAGGUCUUCUGUCAAUUUGAGGCUUCCGUAAAUUUGAGGUAUACUGAAAGGGUAUACUAAAUUGGUUCAUAUUAUGUUCAUUUAGGUGGAGAUUUGUUAUUCACGGUGGUAUCGAUGGGUAUUCUCGCAUGGUUGUGUAUUUGGGAUGCUCCACUGACAAUAAAGCUGCUUUUACCCUUUUUAUGGAUGGUGUGAGAGAGUUUGGUUUGCCUUCACGAGUUAGGUCCGAUAAAGGGGGUGAAAAUGUUGAUGUUGCCUGGUUCAUGCUUACACACCCAAGUCGAGGCCCUGAUCGUGGAAGCCAUAUCACUGGUUGAAGUGUACACAAUCAGCGCAUUGAAAGGAUGUGGAGAGACCUUUUCGCUGGCUGUACUCACCUUUUCUACGAGUUGUUUCACUUCAUGGAGGAAUGUGGCAUCUUAGAUGCAUCAAAUGAACAUCAUUUGGCUGCUCUUCAUUAUGUAUAUCAACCUAGAAUUAAUAGGAGCUUAGCAGAUUUUAAAUCAGGUCACAAUAAUGGGCCUAUUAGCAGUGAAGGUAAUCAAAGUCCUGAACAACUUUGGAUUAAUGGCAUGAUACGAAAUAGGAACCCUCAUGGGACAGUUGCAAGAGAGUUUGCAGAACAGGUAAAUGUAGUAAAUACAACAAGUCAUAUUAUUCUGUACAUGUAUAUAUUGAUUAAUUAAUAACACUUGUGUUAUCAAGAACAGUGCUGAGAAGUAAUAAUAAAUUAAUAGUAUUGCUUAUUAAUUAAGCAAUGGAGUAAAAUAACCCAAUUAUAUAUUCCAACUAAUUAAUUAAUUAACCAACUAAUCUUUACAUAACUGAUAACAAGUUUUCAUUAACCCAAAAUAUUUAUUUAUAAUCUGAGAAAUUAAUUGAUACAUGGUCGACUCUACAUUGGUUUGUAAAUAUAAAGGAAACAACAUUGGUUUGUAAAUAUAAAGGAAACUGGAGAAUAAUUAAUAUAUUAGCAAAAAAUCAUAGCUGAGUAUACACAUUAUAGACACCAAAUUUUCAAGAAAUUGUUAGAGUUUGUUCAUUAAUAAUAUAAUACAAAAAAACAACUUGAAAUCCACCCUUUAUUCAACAUAGACUAAUAAAGUAAAAACCACAUAUAGACAAUAUACACUAAUCAUGUGAUCAAUCACUGUCCUCUACAGCUAUGUACAAACAAAACAAAGAACAUACUUUAGUUAAUGCACUUAAAAAUGUCAAAUCAAUAUAAAAAUAUAAAAAUCUAAUUACUAAUUAAUCCUGAGUCUAAAUAGUAAUUCAUGCGAUUCCUGUCAUAUCUGGAGGCUGCUUCAUUUACUGUUCGGAGUACUCCGGACUUCCGGAACACCAAUUGAAUCGAACCAAUAACGGUCACAUGAAGUCCUGUUCUGACUGCCCCAACUCAAAAGCAGGGGCAGCCAGAACAGUCAUGUGACCGUCAGAAUAAUCAUGUGACCAUUAUUGGUUCGAUUUAUUAGUGUUCCGAAAAUCUGGAGUACUCCGAACAGUAAAUGAUGCAGCCCCUAAUGAAAGUUUCUUGAUAUAUUGCAGAUAAAUAUGGAUGACUUCGGUGUUGAUUGGGAUGGUCCUAUUCCUACCGACCUGAACAACGAUAAUCAUGUUGAGGUUCCAGAUACCAAUUUUCCACUUAAUAUGGAACAGCUGAAUGAACUUAGAGAAAUCAUAGACCCUCUUCGGCAUUCGCAAUACCAUGGGGUAGACAUUUACUUGGAAACUCUUCAGUUUAUUACCGAAAGAAUGUAA